AUAGCUUCAGGGUGAGGUCACAGGGGUUACAAUGCUGACGAAAUAUUUCGGUAAUCAGGACAAGACAGAGGGGAUGGGACUGCCGCCCAGGGAAUCCAAGGAUUUCCAGCUACUGGCCGCCCACGCUUGCGAUUUGGCCCUCCAGCGAGGAUUCUACUUCUCGUUCCGGCUGCCCGACUGGGCGAGGGACUUUAAGGAGCACACCCGUGAGAUUAUAGCCAGUCCCUUCCACGAAACAAGCACUACCUCUAACGAAUCAAAGCUCUCGAGGCAGAAAUCCAAAUACUUUCACGGUGAUCUCCGACCAGACAGAUACGGCAUGAUAUCGGAGAACAUGGGCACUAGCUUCUUCAACGAGAUGCCGCACGAUAUGCAAUCCAAGUCCGGAAGACCAGUACGUUCGCCCAAGAUUAAGGAUGACGUGACGUGCAAGAAACGAGGGUGA